AACAUCUCCCCACUCCCCGUAACAAAGAGUGGAGCCCAGCCAUUGACGUUCCGGGUGAUGUUCGCUUGACCGUUUGCGGCCCUUCCCAAUUUCCAAUUUUCUUUUAUCGCCUGGGCCCCCCCCCCCGCCAAACUUCUUUCCCUCCCCCAAACACUCGCUCAACCAUCUCCCACCUUCAUCCCACCUUCCACCCGUCGCAAUUCUUCCGGGUUAGGUGCAAAUUGAAGCGCAUUCCGACCACAAUCGCUUCCAUUCGUUCUUAAUUGUCCAACUCCAUCGUCGCGCUUCAAAACUGCCUCCGGCGCAUUUCGCGCACAAAUCCCAGCUUCGCGCGAUCACUGCGCAAACUCGACCACCUACCAGACCACCGUCCAACAUCUCCUACCAACUCUUUCCAGAUCCAUACUUUCGCAUUCCCGCGACACUAUUAUCAUAUUCUCUUCAUCCUCCAUCUUCGCGCAACCAUGCUGCUCCCUUCCGCUCUCCCAUGCGACGUGCGCCGGUCGUCUCGCUUCACUCCCAGUCGCCUCUUUUCCACACCUCCCCCUUCAGACCGCGGCUACCCCUCUGGAAACGGUCUCCUCGGCACCUGCCGCGCCUUGCAGUCUCUCUUGAACGGCUCCCCUGCGCCAUCGCCACGCCGCACACCCAAGCCUCAACGCCUUCAGAGUCCUCUACCCAUCGCCCAACCGCGUCGCUCGCCGCGCGCGCGCACAGUCGCGCGGCCUGCCUCGCCACGCCCAACUCCUCCCCCAGCCAAGAUGGCGACCACCCCUCCUCCACCACCGUCUGCGCCCGCGCGCGGUGCGAAUAAGCGUCGUCGCACAGACUGGGACGAAGAGGACAGCGACGCAGACUUUGGUCGCCCUAUUUCUACGCCCAAGCGCCGUCGCCACAUCCCCUACGAACUCCCUCUCGGCCUGUCCUCGACAGACUUCUAUUCUCUCCACUCUCCGCCAAUCACACAAUCUCCCCCUUCGCCUGCGCGCCGGGCAAUGCCCCAGGUGCCAGAAACAGUCGCGCGCAUCGAUCCUGACGCGGUCCUUCCUUCUAUCGAAGAGCCGGAUGAGCCAUCCAAAACUGCUCCCGAGGCUUGGACCGAGGACGAGGACCAGCGCUUGAUUGAGGUGGUCCUGGAAAAGUUCCGCCUCUCUCAGCAAGAAUGGGAUGAGUGCGCGCGCCAGGUGGGCCGCCAAAAUGGUGCGGACAUCGGGCGCCGAUGGCACUCUCUCGUGGGAGAGGGACGGGUCGGUCUGCGACGCCGACAAUAAACGUACUUCUCCCAUUUGUUCGUUUCCACUUGACAUGUCUUGUAUAUUAUGACCUCAGUUCUUGUGUUGUUCUCCUCUUUUCACUGCACCGAUCCCUGUUGCGAGAAACACACCCUGUAUUAUCACUUCUUCCCCUCGGACUUGAUUGUUACUUUCCCCUUAUGAUGUCCAUUCCCACUUUCGUUAUCCGCUGUUUCUCCGCGUGGAUCCUCAUUUUCUGGUUUCGCAUCUGGCUAUGUGAAUUGCGCCGGCCCCCCCUUCAGUCCACCUCCUGUUUACUGCUUGAAUUUUGGUGGCUCGAUUGACUGCACAUUGAUUGAUCUUGCUUUUUCUGACUCUAUUCUGAUCGCGUCGGUGAGCAUCUGUACUACUAUUUAUUCUAUCUGUACUAUUAUUAUGAAGAUACCACUUGUCUAUUUCAAUCGCAAAUUUUAUUGUCAAUUAUUG